AUGACAGCACCUUCCGGAACAUCGACGAGCAAACGCAUCAAAUUCUUGCUUGGCCAACUUGCUUUACUUGCUGCUGCGUCUCUUCUUCAUAUCAUCAACAACAUUAUCAAUUCGACAUCAGUACCACCACUAUCAACAACUCAGCUCAACAUGCAGUUCUUCAUCUCUACCAUGGCCUUUGUUGCCGCUGCCACCAUGGGCGCCAUUGCUACUGCUCAGGACACUGUCACCGUCACAGUCAUCCCUGCUGAAUGCACUCCUACCACUGCCACUCUCCCCGUCGUCGUCGUUAGCACUACUGUCACUGCUUCCGUCGAGAGCAUCUCUUCUCAGAGCAUCUCAUCCGAUUCCAUCAGCUCCAUCACCAACAUCCCCAUCAGCUCCGUUACAGAGACCGCCUCUACCACUCAUGCCACCUUUGUCGUUGAGACUCCUGCUGUUGAAAGCGUCGCCUCCACUUCUGUCGUUGUCAUUGCCAGUCCCGUCGAGUCCACCUCCAACGGCGCCAUCACUUCCACUCCCACCUCAUCCAAGAUGGUCUCUCCUGUCGCUACUUUGAUUUUGUCCGCCAGUCCUUCCUCAAAGUCGGCCUCUGCUACUGCCUCCGGAAGCGGCGUCGCCUCUGCCACCGUCACUUCAGUCCCUUCCAACGAUGCCACUGUCACCGGCAUGGUUGGCAAGACCGUCAUUCUGACACUCCUCGCCGCCUCCCUCUUCAACUUGGUUUGAUCGCACUGCACUCAAGUCCGCUGUUCUUUGUUGAUGGGCGUUAUUAUGCCGAUUCG